AUUGCCUUUGCCCGCUGGUUGGGAGGAGGCGAGGGAUUACGACGGGCGCGUCUUCUACAUCGACCACAACACCCGGCAGACUUCGUGGAUCGACCCCAGGGACAGAAUUACCAAGCCAUUAACUUUUGCUGACUGUGUUGGUGAUGAACUACCUUUAGGAUGGGAAACUGUUUACGAUCAACAGAUUGGUGUUUAUUACAUGGACCAUAUAAAUCAACUCACACAAAUAGAGGACCCAAGAGAGCAGUGGAGAAGAGAGCAGGAGCGCAUGCUAAAGGAGUAUUUAAUUGUUGCCCAGAAAGCACUUAAUGCCAAAAAGGAAAUUUAUCAAAUUAAGCAGCAGCGAUUUGAGCUAGCACAAGAAGAGUAUCAGCAAUUGAAUAAAAUGUGUGAGGAUGACAGUCACUCUUAUGCAAGCACAUUUUCUGGAUUUUCAACCAACACUAAAUACAACCCAUCUCUGAUUAAAGCAGAAAUAGCAAGUCGACGUGAUAGACUUUCUAGAUUAAAGAGAGAAUUAACACAGAUGAAGCAAGAACUACAGUACAAAGAGAAAGGAGUAGAAACACUACAAGAGAUUGAUCGGAAGAUGUCAAAUGCUCAUAUGAAUUAUAAGCUGGAUGAAGCCCAAGCAAUAAUGAAUGAACUUCGAAGCAUCAGGAAAGCCAUAUGUGUGGGUGAGAGAGAAAGGCAAGACUUAAUGCAAAGUCUGGCCAAGCUGACAGAUGGAUUCAGAAAUAGUUGUUACAUUACAGAAUCUUUGCAUGAUCUUCAGCAUAAUUCUGGCCUAUCUCAACCAUAUUGUGAUGCUUGUUCUCAAACUGACAUCAUUGGCGAGCUUGGAUUGGAAGAUAUAACAAGAUAUCCGGACAAAAUGAAAUUGAUUUGGCAGUAUGAGGAGACCAAAAAAAGGGUUUUCAGAAUACAGCAACAGUUGGCUUUACAUGAUCAUGAAUCUUGGCCAGGAAUGGUAGAGGCUGACAGAGAUCAUCUUCAGCUUAUUAAAGAGAAAGAGGCUCUCUUACAAGAACUGCAGCUUAUAAGUCAACAGCAGCGUUCACCAGAAGAUCUGGAACACAUAGAGGAGGAAAAAAGGCGCUUAGAGAAGGAUAUCCAGCAGGCUCGGGCUACUUCUUCUCAUGGUGCUGCUGAAAGGAUACUGUUACAGGAGAAGAAGAAUUGUUUGCUCAUGCAGUUGGAAGAAGCAACUCGUUUAAGUUCCUAUUUAUGCUCACAAUUGAAAAGCUUAUCUGCCAGUUCUUUGACAAUAUCUUCUGGUAGCAGUCGAGGAUCAUUGGCAUCCAGCCGUGGGUCAUUAGCAUCCAGCAGAGGCUCUCUUAGUUCUGUUAGUUUCACAGACAUCUAUGGUCUUCCUCAAUAUGAGAAAUCUGAUACUGCUGUUGAAUAUGGGCAUCAUAUGCGAUAUGAUCCAGUUUCAAUUGAUUCUCAUAACAAAGAUGUACAGUAUCAUGAAUCUAUUGGAUCUCCUGCUAGCAGUAAACAACGAAGAUCUUUAGAUACUCCCCUGUCCUUGGCAUCAUUGUCAUCAAGGUCAUCACUUUCUUCACUAUCACCUCCAAGUUCACCCCUGGACACUCCCUUCCUGCCUGCUUCUCGGGAUUCUCCAUUAGUCCACAGGUCAGAAGGGUAUGAAGAAGUAUCAUACGCAGGUGCCUCAGAAGUACUUCGAGCUCAGGGCUCUGUUUUGGGGGAAGAGAAAGGACAAGAAAUGGUGGCAUCUAAGGCUACUGAAUAUUCCACAAGAAAUGAAGCAGGGCUGCAAGUUAUCAAUAUUCCAAAUUCUGGUGCUGUGACCCUACGUGAAGACAGCACUAGAAGAUUGGAAAGGAGAUCCAGGCGAGUCUCAGCAUGUCUGUCCAAUUAUUCACUGGCUAGUGACAGUGGCGUGUUUGAAGCUUUAAGCAAAAGAAAUGAAGAUGUUGAAGAGUCGUUUUAUAAUGAUGGUGUCAUUAAUGAAGAGCCCAAAAUGCAAGUUGGAUUUCUGCAUGACAGCGGAAGUGAAUGUCUUCUUGUCCAUGUGUUGCAGCUAAAGAAUUUUACUGGCUUUGCCAUGAAAGAAGGCUGUAAAAUACACGUGAGAAUAUACUUACCAUCUGUUGAGUCAGGCACAACAACUACAUAUUGCUCUAAGGCUUUGGAGUUCCAGGCUCCAUUAAUAUUUAAUGAAGUAUUUCGGAUUCCUGUACAGUCUAGUAUCUUAAAACUCAAAGCGCUGCAACUUUACAUUUGUUCACUUGGUCAGCACCAGCAAGAGGAAUUAUUGGGCAUUGCUCAGAUCAGCCUAGCUAACUAUGAGAGUUCUAGUGAGAUGCAGCUUUGCUGGUAUCCUGUUCAGACCUUCAUUGGUUCAGAUUGUGAACAAAAAAAAGACCAACCUAAGCGUGAAGAAAGUACUUCUCACUCUAUUGAAAAUAAAAAUAUAAUGAAAAUGGAUGCUGUGACUGUCCUUUUAGCUAGGACCACAGCUCAGUUGGAAGCUGUGGAGAGAGAGCUUGCAGAGGAGAGAGUAAAAUUGGAGUACACAGAAGAGGAAAUACUACAGAUGGAACAAAAGGAAGAUCAAGGGGAAGCAGUGUCAGAGAGAAGUUGGCAAGCAGAAUCCGUUGAUAGUGGAUGUAGUAAUUGCAUGCAGUCCAGUCAUCACCUGGAGUCCUAUUGUGGUGAAUCAUUGCAGAUUCCUGCGUUUGCAUCUCAAACAGAUCAGUAUAUUUCUGGAAAAAUUCAGGGUCCACCUUUAAAGGUGGAUAAGGAGACCAAUACAGAAGAUCUUUUCCCUGAAGAAAUGGUUUUGCCUCAUAAAAACAGGCUUGGCCGUCGGUCCCGUGGUUCUGCGUUUGUUCGUAAUAAUACUAUUGUUCGCUCACAGACGUUUUCACCUGGUGCACGAAGUCAGUAUGUUUGCCGACUAUAUCGUAGUGAUAGUGACAGUUCCACUCUGCAAAGAAAGUCACCUUUUAUACGGAAUACUUUGGAAAGGCGUACACUGCGUUAUAAGCAGCAUUCAUGUAGAUCAUCUUUGGCUGAUCUUAUGGAAAGGACUUCACUAGACCUGGAGCUGGAUCUUCAGGCAUCAAGAACAAGGCAGAGACAAUUAAAUGAGGAGUUAACUAUUUUAAGAGAGUUGCGGCAGCGCCUGGAGGAUGCCCAGCUUAGUGGUCAAACUGAUCUGCCUCCCUGGGUCAUUCGUGAUGAACGAUUCCGAAACUUGCUGAAGGAGGCAGAAAGGCAGACAAGGCAAACAAAAUUUGAGCAUCGUCAACAACAAGCAGCUGAAAAAUUGCUUAAAAAAGCUUCCAAAGAAGUAUAUCAGCUGCGUGGUCAAAAUCAAAAGGAACCGCUCCAGGUGCAGACUUUUCGGGAGAAGAUGGCAUUCUUUACAAGGCCAAGGAUCAACGUACCACCUCUGCCGGCUGAUGAUGUAUAACAUGUUGCUCUGUAAACAUGAAGUAUUUAUCUGCCUUUUCUUAUUUUAAAAUGAAGUUAUUAAACUACUUAAGUUUAUUUUUUAAAAAAAUGUGCAAA